GUGGGACUCCGGGUCAUAUAAAAGGGUGGAGAGUUUCAGCUGAUGCUGGACCCCAGGGAGAGUGAGUGAAUGGCGCAGUUAGUUUGGGCCUGAGUCGGUAAUUAACAGAAGAUGGCAAAUGAUUUGUUGAACACUCCAAAUAAGUUGGCAUUCGAAGCAUGGGUAGAAGAAACUGGCAUCAGUCUGGUCCAGAUCAAUGGCCAAAGGAAGUUUGGGGGACCUCCUCCAGGUUGGACUGGCCCUCCACCUCUAACUGGGUGUGAGGUCUUCAUCGGCAAACUACCCCAGGACCUCUAUGAGGAUAAACUAAUCCCGUUGUUUCAGAUGGCCGGGAAACUUUAUGAGUUUCGUCUCAUGAUGACGUUCAGCGGCGAAAACCGGGGAUUUGCGUAUGCCAAGUAUGCUAAUCGUUGGUAUGCCCAGUGUGCCAUUGCCAUGUUCAAUGGCUACCAAAUAUGUGACGGGCUCCCCAUGGUGGUCUGCAAGAGCACUGAGAAAAAUGAGCUAUGUGUCAGAGGCAUUCCCUGGGGGAAGCAGAGACUGGAGGUCCUGGAAGUGCUGAAGGAGCUGACUGAGGGAGUGACUGACCUGUCGCUUCAUCUCAACAAAGAGCGGAGGAAAAAGAUGGCACUAUUUGCGGUUGUGACAUAUCAAAAUCAUCGAGCAGCAGCGAUGGCAAAGAAGACGCUCGUAGAAGGUUGUAUCGAGCUCUGGGGCCGACCCAUUGAGGUUGACUGGGUGAAAGUGGAUGGGAGACAGAAGAGUCACGACAGCCUCCUUUCUCAAACCCAGCUGGGUUUGUCGGCAGCACCAUGGUUGGUGUUGCCCCCUGGGCUCUCCCUACCAUCACCAAAGGGUCUUGCCAAAUGCUUCAUGCCCGAGUUAAACGUCUCUUCUAAUUGUGGCCAAAGCACUACAUCUGCCGGAUCGAUGGGCCUGAUGACUCAAUGCCUUCACUCGGAGGGCCCAGGUCUGUUGAACACCCGAUGUGAUGUUGUUCAAAUUCUGAAUGCCUAUUGUGCGCAUAAGGAACUAGGGACUCCAGUGUAUAAUGUCCAAUCUCUGAGGACUGACCAGCAACGCUUUCUGUUUAAAGUGUUCUUGCCAGGACUUGCUGCCUCUUUCAGUGGGACAGUGACCCUGACUCCUGAUGAGCUGGCUUUGGGGAAGAACAAAGCUAAGCAAGAAGCUGCCCACCAAAUCUUGAUGUAUUUGGGUCAUUCCUUGGGUUUUGAUGGCUUUAAUCCUCCUAAUACUUUGACUCUGAAGAACCCAUUUUGAACUCUAGGUUUUACUCUGAACUAUACAGACUUCUGGUUUCUGCAAUUUCCAAAGAAAAAUUGGAUCUGAACACAAGUUUGUUAUUGUUACACUUUCACAUUUUGUUUGAGUUUUUUUUAAACCUGAGCACAUGUUUGCCACUGUUUUAAAAAUGUUUAAUAGUUAGUAAGUUUGCCUACUCAUUCUAAGCUCUGCCAGGAUUCUUUUUGUCUGUCUUUGUCUCUCUGUCUGUCUGUCUUUCGCACUUAUCAAACUUGACAGCUUGCCUCUAGUUGUUAAUUCCUUAAUCUGUACCAGUGUAAACUGAAUUCCUGAUGUGUUCACAUUUUAUAAAAUUAAAUGAGGAAGGACACCAUCAAUGUGCCAAUAAGCUUUCUUUUUUUCAUCUUUUAGCCCAUGUUUAAGACAGAAGGAAUGGACUUUAAUGCAGGAUUUUCAAAUAACUUAAAUUUCCUUGUGUCCAAAUUCUUGAUGGAUCCAGUCAUUUUAUGAAACCUAGACUGGUUAACCAUGGAGGACCUGAAGUAUUUGUAGCUGCCUUGAGUGUUUUAUCCUCCCCAUUUACAUGAGAAUGCUGAAUUAUCAUUUGAUGCUUUUUUAGCACAAUGUGAACUAUCCAGUAACUGAGACUGACAGUGAAUUGUAUUCUUUUGCUUCAUUUUCAGUAUCUUUUCCUAAAUUGUAAAUUUUUUUUGGCUUUCUGUUCACUUCAUGAUUAGGGAUUUCUGCUGCAUUUAGUCUGCUCAUUUAUGUAUAACAUUGUAAAUAUUGCAUUGCGGUCCAGUGACUUUUUUUUAAAGAUAAAAACCUUUUUUACUUGUGCUUUUUGGAUGUGUGCUGUCCACUGGGACCUAGGGGAGUCCUUGCAUGUGAGAACCUAGAUGGAACAGAAAUGGAUUAAGGUUUUGCUCCCAAGGUACAGAUGUAAUAUUGCUCAGUAUCUCAUUGAGGAGCUCAAUAAAUGGGUCACAGCUUGCUAACUACAAAGUCUCUGGGAUGUCCUGGAAUUGCUGAACUUUCAGUCACUCUGAUGAGGUGAUUGUAUUUUGAUGGUAUGCAUGCUGGGAUUAACAUGUCUACCAGCUAUGAUCUUGCAGCAAUUGGCUUUGAUGUAACAGACUUGAACAUAAGACCUCGGAGUAGGCAAUUCAGCCCCUCAUGCCUGCUUUCCCCCAUUUAAUACAAACAUGGCUGAUCUCCUUGCAGCCUCAACUUCACUUUUUUCCUGUCUGCUCUCCAUAACCCUUCAUCCCAUUACGAAUUAAAAAUCUGUCUUUGUCAUCCUUUCAAAUUUACCUAAUGUCCUGGCAUCCACUGCACUCUGGGUAGUGUAUUCCAAGAUCCACGACCAGAAGUAGUUCCUCCUCAAAUCUGUUUGAAAUCUGGUACUCCUUAUUUUUAAAACUAUGACAAAUGUUCCCUCUAAUUUUCUUUUGGGCUGUAUAGGCCUCAGAGACCCAUGCACGACAGCAACUUCUGAUUUCGGAAGUCAAUGCCAUGAUCGCUGUGUGCCAAACAUCAGAAGGGCUGAACAGCUUAGAGGAAACAUUGACUGACCUCUUGUUAUAGAUUGCCCCUUGUAGGGCAAUGUCCAUUCUCCAUCCACUUUGUCAAUUCCCUUUUUAAUAUCUUCUAUACCUCCAAUUGGAUCCCCUCUCAUUCCUCAACUCCAGAGUAUAGUCUGACCUGCUGAAUCUAUCUUAAGACAAAGGUGGAAUUAAUCUAGUGAACCUCCUCUGAAUUGCAACAUGGGGAGAAAGGCCAUUUCUGAUUAGUUAUUGACCUGGUAAAGACCAUGGCCUGGAAUAACCAGAUUGAGGUCUUAAUAGUAAAUGGAUCUUUUCAAAAAAAAAUGUAGUUGCAGCAGGUUAACUCUAAAGCGCUACCUCCAUUCAAUACCUGCCCCUUUUUUUUUUCACAUGAAAAGUUCUGCACAACCAAAAGUACAGUCUGUCCGUAGUAAUGCUGUUUAGCUGUGACUUGCUGUCACACAAAUCUCUCGAAUCUAAUCGUACCAUACCUACGCAAACAGCUCUGCUUGGGGUGAGGAAAUGUUCUGAUGGAUGUAUCAUCCAUCAGAUCAUUUGACCCUAACCUGUUAGUGUCUCAUGCGCAUUGAAAUCUCAUUUCAGUUACAUGCCACUCUGCUGACUCUCCAUGCUGGCUUUAUGAAAGUGAGACUUAAAAUUAAGAUUUCUGUAAACUGAUGUUUGGUAGCUUUUUGCACAAGUAUUUUUGUUUCAAGUAACUUAAUGUUGUAGAAAAAAAAAGUUCUGGUUUAAAAUUGA